AUGAUACCAUGUGUACAACAACGCUAGAAAAUUGAUGUUAAUGAAAAAGAACGAAAAUUAAUAGAACAAUCUUUUGCUCAUUUCGAUAUUCCAUUAGUUAAUCCACAAAUAGUUUGUCAUAAAAAGUUACAAUAUAGACAAAAUAAAUCUGAGAAUUUUCUGCCAUCACAACAUAUUGAUGAGCCAAUCAAAGAAGAAAAAGAAAUAGAUGUAGAUUUUAUUGAUCUUAUUAAAUCGAUUCGAAAUGAUCGUUGGAAUGUACUUCUCGGUAGUGCAGGUAGUGGCAAAACAACAUUUGCACGAUGGUUAAUUUGUCAAUUUGCUCGAGCUUUAUUCAUCGAAGAGGAGACUAUUACUGUCAAUGGUAUUGAUAUGGGACCUGUACGUAUUCCGAUCUUAAUUCGAAUUGGAGAGUUUACUCAGUGGUUGGAGAAUCAUUCUACUUCGAGUUUAUUGGACUAUAUUGGUUAUCAUACUUGGUUUGGUCAGGCUUAUGUCAAUGAUGGAUUUGAGAUUUUGAAAGAUUUUGUUCGAUAUGGACAUGCAUUUAUUAUUCUUGACGGAUUGGAUGAAGUAGCAACGACUGAAUUGCAUAAUCGAGUAAUUGCUUUAGUGCGCGUCUUUAUCCAAUCUUAUUGUAUGUCACAUGAAUUUAUUUCACCAUUCGACGAUGCUUUUAUGGCAAAAGAAGAACUUGAAUUUGAUUUUCGACGUGAAGGUUUAUUUGGAAGAAAUCUUAUUUUAAUAACAAGUCGAAUUCUUAAUUAUACUAUACAUCCUCUCAAUGGUGAACUAAUCACACAUUACACGAUUCAACCAAUGAAUGUAGAAUAUUUACAUAGUUUUGUUAAAAAUUGGUGUUUACAUGUACAAGAUGAAAUAAUUCAUUUAUUCAAUCAAUAUAUACUCGAUUUUAAAGAGAAUAAAAUUAAAUAUCAGUCGAAUUUAAAAGCAAAAAAUCUUAUUUCAAAAAUCGAGACAAAUGAAAAACUACGAUCACUGGCAUCAAAUCCAUCUGUUCUGUCAAUCAUCUGUACAUUAUUCGCUCGACAUGGCGUUGACACUUUUGAAAUAACUCGAGUGCAACUGUACAAAAAAGUUGUAGAAUUAAUGCUACAAAGAUGGCAAUAUCAUCAAUUAAAUAUUCCUAAAGAUGCAUUAAUAUCGAUCUUUUCAAACAUGGCCUUUUAUAUUCAUUCUCAUUCAGGAUCCGGUCUCAUUGACGAAUUUGAUUUAAAUCAUCUAUGUUAUUUAUCACUUAAGCUAUGGUAUGAUAAAAAUUCAAACGUACGUGAAAGUCCAACAAUGCCACGAUGGAUCACAUCAAUUACUUGUGAAAUUAUUUGGAGACAAUAUGGUCUAUACAACGAAGAAGUUGAUGUUUAUGUCGAUCGAAUCUUAAUGACAAUUGGUACGAUAGAUUAUGAUCGUUUACCUACACAUCCAGGCAGUAUGCGAGCGUAUCUACUUUCACAAUCCUUUCCAACAACAGAAAUUCAUGCAUCUAUAUUAACUGCUAUUGUCGCUUUGUACGGAGGUCUCGAGCUAAAUCAUUCAAAAAGAAAACGACAAAUAUCAGUCAUCUUUGCAGCUCGUCGUAUGCAUCGUGAUUCGCCUCUUUCCCCAUAUUUUAUUGAAUAUAUGGAGGACACAAUUACAGAACGAACACUGAAAUUAAAACGUUUAAUUGAUCAAUAACGUCAGUCAAACGAACUUCUUAUCGAUACUCUUCAAUCAUCGUUAUCGUUAACACGACGUUGUGCUGCUGCUAAAUUACUUGUGCACUUAACGGUUGUUGAUCAAGUAUCUGUCAUCGAAGUACAAAACUUACUGAGUGCAGCCAUUGACGAUCCAUGUUCGCAACAAUUUCUGAACUUAGAUUAUCAAGGCAUCAGAGCUGAUUGGAAGUUGAGAGAUUUGCUCAUUCAACUUAUGGUCAAACCAUCAAAUAGACUGCACUGUGAAGUAGCUAUUGAUAUGAUCAACGAAAAUUCAUCUAAUUCGGUUCCAGCAGCAGUUUUUCAAGCAAACUAA